AACCCGUUCCACAGGCCACGCCCCCUUUCUGUGGGGAAACCCAACCUGUGUGCGCGUGCACGCUGCGCUCCGCACUAGGCCAGCUAACGCGGCUAAAACAUUUACCUCAGGAAAGUCAGUGAAGUUCACCGCGCUGAGCAUGUAGACUCUAACUUCUAUAACUCUAAUUUCUUAUGUACGCCGGUAGAGCAGCGCAGGAAGACCAGAAUUAGUGAGGAAAGCGAUUUAUUAGUGUCCUGGUUAGAGAGAGAGAGAGAGAGAGAGAGAGAGAUAGAGAGAAAGUGGUGACCUGACCUGAAAAUGAACUGUUGAUUUGGAACCGAUGGAGAAGACACAUAAACUGCUGCUGGGGAUUUUUACAGUUGCCCUAUGCAAAUACUCGCAGGCUGAAUGGAACACAACGAGGGACGCGGCGAAUAAGACCGUGUCCUGUGGUCCCCAUGACAACAGCAGCAACUGCACAGAAAUAAAGUAUGUCCCGCAGUGGAGCGGCCAUUUCUCAAACUGUCCCUAUCAGUACAUGCAUUACUGUGUCCAUGGGAUGUGCCGUUUUGUGGAGGAGCAGAACACGCCUACCUGCAGAUGUGAAAGUGGAUACAUCGGUGCCAGGUGCGAAUAUUUGGAUCUCGGCUGGUUGGUGGGUGAACGGAGGGAAAUAGUCAUCAUUAGCAUUAUAUCUGGACUGGUCAUUCUCCUUCUCAUCAUUGUCUUUAUAUGCAUCUGUGCACACAGAAGGCUUUAUCGGAAAAAGAGAAGAAAACAAAAGGAAAGGGAUGAAAUGGAGCGGUUGAACACACUAAAUACCAACGAAGGUUUACCUGAUAUCAGAGAUGUUGCUGACACAAACACAGUAUGAGAGUUGUAAAGCCAGUCUACAGAGAGUUCUCCUGCUGGACAGGAAGACACCUGCCUGAAUAAUGAACCCGAGGCCUUUAAAUGGACCCAAAGGAUUCAGCGUGUGAUCCAACUCCAGACUUUAUUAUGUCAGCUGCAAUUGGGAAUGAUUGCAAAGGCAGGAAGGUAACCAGGAAAAGACAAUGUGCUGUGUACUUUUUGUCCAGGCUUUAACACCAGCAGCAGUGCAUUUCAAAUGUUAUGGGCACAGGAGCAAGAAUCUCUGUUCCUCGUUUAACAAGAUAGAUUUACAGCUUAAAUGAACAGUCAACUGUAGCAUGGAUUUUUAAAAGGUGGUAAUAUUAUACAAGCAGAUUCUAUUGUAUAAGGACGAUUAAUUGUUUGCAGUUAAAAAAAAGAAAGAAAAAAAAGUCUAUUAAAAAGUAUAUAAUAUAGUGAAUUGACCUAACAUGUCUCAUUGUGAUUAUGAUAAAACAAAUGCAACAUAAUCGAGCCAACAUCAACAUAUUUGUUUAACUCCAUGAACUCAUGUAAAGCUUGAAACUGUCUUCUACUGGCAGAUCAUUGGACUUUAUUUUAGAACUGCUGAGCAAAAUGUUGUAUAGCGGCUUGAUCGUCCUGUAUUUCGUUUAAUAUCACAAUAAUAAAUAUGACCCAAAACAGUGUGCAAUGAGAAUAAAAUACAUUUGCAUCAUUCAAAGGCAGUUACCUCAGAAUUAAGAUAAGUUGCUGCACUGUUUGAUUUCAAAGAAUUUCUAUAUUUCUAUAUUAUACUUUGUUAUAACAUAAUACACUGGUCUAUUUAUUGCUUAAAAUAUGUAAAAUAUUAAAUCAUUAUUCUGUUAAUGUAGUGUUAUGUGUUGUUUUCCUUGCUAUGUAGAUAGAAAGUUUCAGUAAAGUUUAAUCAAUCAUGAAUUAAG